UUCCUGGUGAUGGUCUCAGUUUCCAGUGCCAGUUCCAGUUCCUGGUUCCCAGUGCUGGUUCCAGUUGCCGGUCCCAGUUCCCAGUGCCGGUCCCAAUUCCCAGUUCCCAGUGCCGGUCCCAGUUCUCAGUUGCCAGUCCCAGUUCCCAGUUCCCAGUGCUGGUCCCAAUUCCCAGUUCCCAGUGCUGGUCCCAACUCCCAAUGCCGGUGCCAGUUCCCAGCUCCCAGUUCCUGGUUCCCAGUGCCAAUCUCAGUUCCCAGUUCCCACUUCCCAGUGCCAGUCCUAGUUCCCGGUCCCCGGUUCCUAGUUCCCAGUUCCUGGUGCCAGUCCCAGUUCUCAGUGCCAGUUCCCAGGUCCCAGUGGUCCCAGUUCCCA